CAGGGUUCCUGUCGUUACAGAUUGCGCUGCAUUCAAGGAUUCCAGGCCGAAUCCAACAGGAGCACCUUGGGAUGGAUAUCCGGACCUCGAGGACUUCUAUAAUAACCCUGCCAAUUCACGGGUUGGACUUAUUACGCCGAUUCUCCCGCAGCCCGCGCAUUCGGAAUCAGAAGUUUGAUGAGGCCCGCAUUGCGCGGCAGACCGGGGAAGCCCUCGGCAUCAACAAAGCUCCUCACGCCCCUGACGCCCCUGAAGGCUGCUGAAGCAUGGCGAACCAGCUGACGGCGCUGUGUGCCGUCGCCUCCUUUUUGUGGCUCACUCACAACCUGGAAGACCAUCAAAUCAUAGAACAACCACGGCUCUCAUCUUUUCUUGUCCUCGUCAUCGCAGCCUUGUCAUCCUAUCUUGCUAGCUUUUGUGCCGUAUGGCUUCCGGGCAAUAAUGGAAGAUUUGACGACGAGCUGGGGCCGUUGAAGGUCACGCGGCCCAACCAGCCCAAGAAGCCACGGCGAUACUUCCUGCCGGGCUUGAUCAUCUGCCUUGUUUCUCGCCUUGAGAUUUUCUACCGUGUGACGUUUGACCUGCAGUGUUCGAAAGCGGGAAUCGAGGCGUUUCUGCCUCUGUUGAUGCUUCUCUACGAGCUCCUGCCAGGGCGCAGGAUGCGGCCGAGAGCCGGCGGUGGCGAUGGCGGUGAGGAGAAAGACCCGGACGAUCCGGGGACGACGCUCUAUGAGGCAGUGGGCGGGUGGUUCACCGACUCCAAGGCGUCGCUAUCCAUCGCAGUGGUGCUGCUCACAGUCGGUGCUUAUCUCGCAUCGUCGCAAGAGAUCAGGUCGACGUUCCUCUGCGCAAGCCACGACCGGAGCGCCCUUGUCAUCUUCUUGCAAUGGACUGGCGCCAUCCUCGACGCAGCCAUCGCCAUCAUGUUGUGGCGUAUUCUUGCCUGGCCAAGGACCACCAAAAGCCGGCUGCGAACUCUGAGCGGCAUUCUCUCGGUCUCGUCGCUGGCCGUCGGGCUGCUCAACUGGACUUCCCGCUUCGGCUUCUCCACCAGGCCAGCCACCAUUCAUCUUGGGGGGCCCGAUCCGCUGUAUAUCUUCGAUGUCGUCGUCGAUGGUCUGGUCUUCUCGGUGUUCCUCGUUGCCGGCAGCCUCCUCACAGCGGACGGAAGCCCUCUCUCGCUCGCGGGCAUCCUCACUUUCCUCCUAGGACUCUUGCUGGCGGUCCAGAAGACGGUGCUGUCGGGAACCUGGGAGAACACCUCGCCCGCUGUCACGUACUUUGCGCUGCUGUUCCUUUGCGUUGGCUUCUCAUUCUUUGUCUAUGCGAACAACAUCCGGUCCGUCGUCUGCCUGCACCGCGCCUUUGUUGUCUUCCUUCUUGUCCUCCUCACCGUCGUGGCGGCAAUCUACACCCCGGUCAAGGCGCUCAAACCCGUCGGUAGCAAUCACCCGCUGUCCAAGGUCAUCUACGAGGCAAGGAUCGAGGCGGACCGCUGGCUGCGCCACGCGGCCGUCAGCAGCUCGCUGCCCGUCGCCGUCCAAGAAUACAGAGAGCGCCACGGCGGGAGAGACCCGCCCCCAGGCUUCGACAUCUGGUAUGGUUUCGCCAAAGACCGCCGCUCAGCCAUCCUGGAUCACUUCCCGCAGAUGGAGAACGAUCUCCUGCCGUUCUGGGGGAUGCCGCCGUCCAAAAUCAGAGAGGAUGUCCGUCGCGCCGCCGCGGAGCCCGACAUGGCGAUGCUCCAGAUCAAAGGCCGCAAGGCGCAGCACAAUCUCCCGCCGGCAAACCCGUACAAGCCGGUCAUGGACGAUCUGGUCGACCUUGUCGGGGGGUUUGUGGACCACCUUCCCGACAUGGAGCUGGCCAUCAACCUCGACGAGCGGCCGCGGGUGCUUGCGCCGUGGGCGGAUGUCGUGCGGACCACGAAAGCGGCGCAGCGAAAACGUGCAAGCAAGCUGCUGCCGCGGCUCGCUCCCGCUCUCGACGAGAUGCCCGCCGCCCAACCGGCCGUCCUCGACAAGCUGCUGGCGCAAAAGACAUUCACGCCGGUGAAGGAACUGCGCGAGAUGACGGCGCUGACCUGCCCGCCGGGAACCAAGGCGCGCGCGGCCACGCACUGGGACAUCCGGGACCUCUGCAGCAGCUGCGCCAAGCCGCAGUCGCAGGGCCAGUUUCUGACGAACUGGACGCUGGCGCAAGAGAUAUGUCACCAGUCGGACCUGCUUCGCCAGCACGGCUUCUACAUGACCCCGCCGGAGCUGCGGCCGCUGCAGGAGCUGCUCCCCGUCUUCAGCCGGGCCAAGACCGACAGCUACCGCGAUAUCCUCCUCCCGCUGAGGCACAUCAUGGAGCCCGCCGAGCCCGGCACGCAGCAGGCCUUCGACAUGAAAUCGAAGAAGCUGUUCUGGCGCGGCAAGGUCGACCGCCUCCGAUCCAGCCACGAGCUGGUGCGCGGCGGUCACCGGGAGCGGCUCGUCCAUCUGCUUAGCGCACCCGCACGCUCCGAGAGGACCACGCUCUUGCUGCCCAGCAGGAAAGGGUGGGCGUACGAGCAGGUGCCAACGGGCCAGCUCAACGAUCUCCUGGCCCUGGACGUCGCCUUCGCCAGCUACAGCGCGUGCAAGGCAGCGGACAAGGACAAGGACAAGGAUGCCGGUGCGGGCGGCAGGAACUGUGACCAUGCCGGCAACAACAUGUUCCCCCAAAAGCCCGACUAUGUGGACCCGCUACGGCACCAGUACGUCAUGGUCGUCGACACGGACAGCGGGCCGCCGCGCGAGUUCCUGCGCACGCUCCGGUCGAGCAGCGUCCCCUUCCACGCGUCCAUCUUCGCCGAGUGGUACAGCGAGCGGCUGAUGCCGUGGGUGCACUUCGUGCCCGUCGACCUGCGCUUCCACGCACUGCACAGCACCCUGACGUACUUUGUCGGCCUCCCGAAGAAGUACGGCCGCAGGAUGAACGGCCGCGAGGUGGAGAUGGCGGCCCGGCAAGAAGACGGGAGGUGGAUCGCCGAGGAGGGCAAGCGCUGGGCGGAAAAGGCCCUGCGGAGGGAGGACAGGGAAGUGUAUUUGUUCCGCCUCCUGCUGGAAUGGGCGCGGGUGGUCGACGAUAACCGGGAUGAGAUCGGCUUUGUGUUGUCAUAGCGGCUGGGAAGAUAUAUACACUUCGAACGAAGAUGGAUGGUUUUGGAUUAGGUACCUUACUGUAUUUUGGAGUAUUUGUAUUAUAUUGUACAUAUGUAUGUGCUUAGACUGGAAUGGGGGUAAAUAAGGUACCAGGUACUCAGGUCGCCGGCGCUGUCACGACUACUCACUCA